AAAGAUGGCGGCGGCCAGUGGGAGCUGGAGAGCUGAGGAGAAGGGACCUCGAGGGAAGCAGCCACGGGGCUGAGAGCCCCGAAGAGCCACACUGGAGGCCCCUCUGGCCCUUGGACUGAGCCUGGGCCCUUGCUUUGCCCUCAGACGCCUCCACGAGGGUCUCCCUGCUCUGCCUGCCUUUAGGUAUGCCAUGGGCCUGGGACAUCAGCAUCAUUGGAGGACCCCUGGCACAGAAGGAGGAGGAGGAGGAGAGCCAGCCCCUGGAAGCCACACUCCCUCAGCAGCCUCCUGAGAGGAAGUGAUCGCCUUCUCUGUUCCUCGAUAGCAUGAUUUAGCUUUUGGCUCUGUCAGGUUCCUGUUGUCGUGGAAUAUUCUCUACUUGAGAAAGGUAUUAUGGAUCAUGAUGCCCCAACCAUCAGGCCUCGGCGGAUCCAGAAUCAGAAUGUCAUCUAUCGUUUAGAACGCCGAAGGAUCACUUCAGGCAAAACUGGGACUCACUGGCACCAAGUCCGGAUCUUCCAUCAAAAUGUCUUCCCUAAUUUUACUGUGGUCAAUGUUGAAAAACCACCCUGUUUCUUACGGAAGUUUUCCCCUGAUGGGAGGUACUUCAUAGCUUUCUCCUCAGAUCAGACCUCUUUGGAGAUCUAUGAAUAUCAGGGCUGUCAAGCGGCCGAAGACCUCCUCCAAGGCUACGAUGGGGAGAUCUUGGCUAAUGGCAAUGACCAGAGGUCCAUCAACAUUCGUGGACGGCUCUUUGAACGUUUCUUUGUCCUCCUUCACAUUACCAAUGUGGCCUCCAAUGGUGAGCACUUGAACCGUGAAUGUAGUUUAUUCACAGAUGAUUGCCGCUAUGUCAUUGUUGGAUCUGCUGCCUACUUACCUGAGGAACCCCACCCUCCUUUUUUUGAGGUUUACCGCAACAGCGAAUCAGUGACACCUAACCCUCGAUCCCCUUUGGAAGAUUACUCGUUGCACAUCAUAGACCUUCACACAGGCAGGCUGUGUGACACUAGGACGUUCAAAUGUGAUAAAGUCAUCUUGUCCCACAACCAAGGACUGUACUUGUAUAAGAAUAUCUUAGCCAUUCUAUCUGUACAGCAGCAAACCAUCCAUGUCUUUCAGGUAACACCUGAGGGCACCUUCAUUGAUGUACGGACGAUAGGCCGGUUUUGCUACGAGGAUGAUUUCCUCACACUUUCUGCUGUUUAUCCAGAAGUCCAACGAGAUUCUCAGACAGGCAUGGCAAACCCAUACAAAGAACCGUUCAUAAAUUCUCUGAAACACAGGCUGUUGGUGUACUUGUGGCGAAGAGCAGAGCAGGAUGGGAGUGCUAUGGCUAAAAGGAGGUUUUUCCAGUAUUUUGACCAGCUGAGGCAGCUACGCAUGUGGAAGAUGCAGCUGUUGGAUGAAAACCAUCUUUUCAUCAAAUACACAAGUGAGGAUGUAGUUACGUUACGAGUGACAGACCCUUCACAGCCCUCGUUUUUUGUUGUGUACAACAUGGUGACAACUGAGGUGAUUGCUGUCUUUGAGAACACAUCGGAUGAGCUGCUGGAACUCUUUGAGAACUUUUGCGACCUCUUCCGCAAUGCUACACUCCACAGUGAGGCAGUUCAGUUCCCUUGUUCAGCUUCAAGCAACAAUUUUGCAAGGCAGAUCCAACGCCGCUUCAAGGACACCAUUGUGAACGCAAAGUACGGUGGACACACAGAGGCUGUGCGCCGUCUGCUGGGCCAGCUUCCAAUAAGUGCUCAGUCCUACAGUGGCAGCCCCUACCUUGACCUCUCCCUCUUCAGCUAUGAUGACAAGUGGGUUUCAGUCAUGGAACGCCCCAAGACAUGUGGCGACCAUCCAAUCAGAUUUUAUGCCCGAGAUUCUGGUCUUCUGAAGUUUGAAAUCCAAGCAGGACUCCUGGGCCGGCCUAUCAAUCAUACAGUCCGGCGUCUGGUUGCAUUUACUUUCCACCCUUUUGAGCCCUUUGCUAUCUCGGUGCAGCGGACAAAUGCCGAAUAUGUUGUAAACUUCCACAUGAGGCACAGCUGUACAUAGCAUACACUUCAUCAGUGCCAGCCAUGGGCUUUGAGUAUAUGCAUUUAAUCAUGUGCACACCAAAGCUAGACUUGUAUUCUAGGAAACCAAACAGAUGUACUCCUUUUGAGGAGCUAACCGUGCUAUGCAUCUCAGCCCAAACUGUUUGGCCCUCAAGGUUCAGCCAAGUGGUGAUGAAUCCAGAGUUGUUACACUUUUUGUUUCUCCUCUGUGUGAACUGAACAUAUGAUCUUGUAAAGUCCUUUUUUUCAUAACUUCAGUAUUUUAUUUUAUUGUAUUGGUACUUCUGGGUAAGCACAAUGAAAGAGAGAAACCAUUCACAUCUCAGCAAGGUCCUUAAUCUCAUUUUUCAUCUCAUCCAGUUCUAUUUUCUGAUUGGGAGCAUGGUUCUCCUGCCACCAUUUCAUGAUCAAGAAGCAUUUCUUACAAAUGCUGCCCAAGUUAUUUUCUUCCUAAGCCAUGUUGUCACUUAAACUUUCCCAUCUCCCAAGUGCUGCUAAUCCUUGAGAGUGGUUUGUGGUGGGAGGAUUUUGUUUUGCCAAUAACCAAAGAUACAAAGGAGAGUCCUGUCUUGCUAUUGCAGCUGCACAGUGACUGCCAGUAAGUAGUAUAGGAGCAUAGUGCUGACCUCAUUAACUUAUACAAAUUCCUGAAGACAACACUACAGGCACAACCUGGCCUCUUGAAGCCAUUGGUCAUAGAUUAAGGCAGAAAGCCAUAUUUCCUUCUUCAUCAAUUUCCAAAUAUAUUGAAGGGCUGAAAUAUUCUGGAGACGUCUCUAAAACACAGCUCUUUAAAUUUUGUCUCUAUCUCACAGCUCUGAGGAUCAAUUUCAAAUAUAUUCUGCUAGUUCUCAGCUGGAGGCAAGGUACCUCUAUUAAGGGACUUCCACAUAUUCCAAAUAGAGAGCUCACGCAAGCAUAGGGUAGUCCCUAAAUGUCUUUUAAGCCUUGCAAGCUCUGAAUGAAUUCACAAGAAUUUUGCUGUGGCUCUUUCAGUUGUGAAGGGCUCAAGUAGACAGCACUAGUACUCUUGGGAGUAUUUGAAUUACUCUCACAAUUGUAUUGUUUGUCUCAGUUUGGCCACUGAUUAUACAUAGUCCAGAAGGUUCUUGCUGCCUUCGGAAUAAGCAGCUUGUGACUUUUCCCUUGACCUAGGGGCCUUAGUUUCAAGUGCUGAAAGAAAUGAAUAAUAAUUUUGUGAAGGCAUUUUUGCCUCUUGGAUUAAAAGUUGGAAAGUAAACAGAACAGAAUUGAAAAACUGUGUCAUUGUCUUGGAUGCAAACUUGAUUCUCUGUGAGGUAAGUUCAUGGCCACCAUUUACUGGAAGACGUAAAUACAGAAGGAAGGUAUCUGUCUAUUCAGCUGCUUUUCUCCUCUCACCCUAGCUUGCAUUUGUCUCUCUCAAAACAGCACAUUCUCACUGUGUCCAUCAUGCCAUAGAAACAGAGUUAACACUGGCAAGAAGUGUGACAUUCUCUUUGGGAGAUGUUUAGAGCAUCUUCUCCACCUGAAAUGCCUACUGCCUUUUUGUAGACAAGCAUGGUUUUUGAAGCAGAGAUCAAAUUAUAAGCACUGGAUUUUUAGACACAAUGCAAAGCAAGUUGACUGGUUAAUUUCUUGUUAAACUUUUGGAAUUAAGUACACAUAGAUCAUGAAUUACUAUAUUUUUAUAUUCCAUUGGUUGUGUCCAUUUUAUUAAUCUUUACUUCCACUCUUUUGAAGAUAUAUGUGACCAAAUAUUGGGCCAGGACAGGCAGAAUGUGGUAAGAACUGGGCCAGCAUUGUUUGUGACGUUAGUCUAUCCCAAAAAAACAAACAUCCAUAAGAAAAGCCUUUUAGGAUCCAACAUUUAUUUUCCAGAGUAAGCAAACAAGAUGCCCAUAGGAAGCCCAGAAGCUUAUUGUCUGUGAGCAAUUAUAACCAUUGUGGCUAGUAGCCAUUAAUAGGAAGCAAUGGCAUGACUCUACAAUACUGUAUUUCCUGGCUCUUCCUUAAGCCUACUUUGGCAAGUAAAGUCCACAGGCUGUUUGCUUUGUGGCUGAUAAAAUCACCUAGCAAUCUCCUGAUUUAGUUGGCAAAAUGUCCACUAUUUUAACGAGUCCAAAGGAAUGUGACCAAAAUUAUGAAGGUCUGGAAACCAUGCCCCAUGAGAAGUGACUUAGGAAGCUGGAUAUGUUUAGUCUGGAGAAGAGAAAGUUAAGGAUAUGAUAACCCUGUUUAAAUAUUUGAAGGGAUGUCAUAUUGA